CAAUACAGCCACCAAAUAUUUGCCAGCCGGCAGCUCGCUGCUCCGCUAUAAAUACUUCAAGCCCAGGUGGAGGGACGGCGAGGGGGAGCGGCGCGGGAGCCUAUGCAUGGCCGGGCGGCCGCCCCGAGGGUGAGGCCAGGCCCCGGGGUGCCCCUGUGCACUGAGAUGGCUGCGGGUGUCAUCCGGCCCCUGGCCGAGCUGCGGCUGCCCUCGCCCUUCCCGCACGGCCUGCUGCCCGCCCGCCCCGAGCCCGACUGCCCCGACCUCUCCGAGGAGGAGGAGGAGGAGGAGGAGGAAGACGAGGAAGACGAGGAGGAGGAGAGCGCAGGGUCAGAGCUGGCUGUCCCCAGCACCGCCGAGACCACCCUGCAGCUCCUCAAGUUUUCGGAGCUGAUCAGCUGUGACAUCCAGCGCUACUUCGGGCGGCAGGGCCGGGAGGAGGCCGCCGGCGGCCACGCCGUGCCCGAGGACUGCGGCUCACCCCGGCAGGCUGAGGCCCAGCCCGAGGCACCGAGGGGCAGCUCUGGGGCCGCGCAGAGGCUGGGGCCGCUGGCCGAGCUCUUCGAGUACGGCGUGCACCGGUGCCUGCCGGCGCGGGGAGCCGGCGGCAAGACGCAGCGGCUGGAGAGGAAAUAUGGCCACAUCACCCCCAUGCACCGCAGGAAGCUGCCGGCCUCCUUCUGGAGGGAGCCGGGCCCUGGCCCUGCUGGCCUCCUCCAUGCCGGCACCCCCGACUUCAGUGACCUCCUGGCCAACUGGACGGCGGAGCCAGGGCCGGAGCUGCCGGGCACGGGGCGGGAGCUGCUGCCAGAGCCAGCUCGCCUGGGGCUGGAGGCUGAGCCUUUCUCCGGGCUGUGACCCCACCACGGCCCCAGGGGCCCCCCAGCCCCGCCACGUGCCACCCGGUUAAUGACAAACCCGGUGUCCUGGGUGGCAGCGCCGGGGCACCUGGAGCCCCUGGCUCAGAGCUGGCGAGGGGAUGAGCGAAUAAAUGACUCCAGCCAGGCA